UUUUUCUUUCUUUAUUUAUUUACUUUAUAUCACCUGACUUUACCAUUUUAUAUAUUUAAAAAAAUAUGUCUGCGACAGAAUGGAUAUUGAGGAGAAGAACGAUUGCCAUUUUAUUAGGUAUCUUUCUUCUUCUUUCUAUUAUAUCUUUUAGUUCUAGAGUGUAUUCUCCUUCAUCUGAUAUUUUUGCUACUGAUUUUGAUGCUGAAACCACGUCUUCCUCUGACUUGUUUCCAACUGGUACCACUAAUGAAGAUGAUGUUGCCAAUGAUGAACCUGAAGCUGAAGAUCUAGUACAAGUAGAAACUAAACCUACAAGUGAAGAUGAAUUUAUUCCCAAAACAUUUGAUACUCCUUCUCAAAAUAUUCAAGAUAUGGUCAACAAAAAUAUUAUGAAACAUAAAAAGGACAAGGUGUUAUUGACUGCUGUAGCCAAUGGUGGUAUGGGCAAUUAUACUUUGAAUUGGAUUGCUUCUUUGGAACGUACUGGACUUGAUAAAAAGUAUCUUGUAUUUGCCAUUGAUCAAGAAUUGGUAGAUAUUAUGACUGAAAAAGGAUAUGGUGAACAUGUAGUGCAAAUACCUCAAGAUUGGUUCCAUCAAAAACUAGAUAGUGGUAUGGCUGAAUGGUUAGAUGUUCAUUAUACACCCAUUACACACUCCAAAUCUUUGGUGGUAGAACGAUUAAUGUAUAUGGACAUAACUGUAUGGUUUAGUGAUGUGGAUAUUGUAUUUACUUCAACCUCUAUCUACAAUUACUUGAUGAUGAAAUUGGACUCUCGUAAAUCAACUGAAAUGCUCUUUACUCAAGAAACUGAACAAAAAAUUCUCAAUUCCGGAUUUUAUGUGAUGCGUCCUACAAUAACAAGUAAACGUAUUUUGGCCGAUUCUAUUACUAUUCAAGAUCGUGAACCUAAAGUGACUCAACAACGUGCAAUGAACCGUGUAAUUGAUGAUAUGGAUUUGAAUUAUCAAAACAGUAAAGUGGCUCUCUUGGAUUUAUUCUUGUUUCCUCAUGGAAGAAUGUAUUUUGAACGACAAGUACCAGUAAAAUAUGGAAUGAACCCUAUGAUGGUACAUGCAAAUUAUCGUAUUGGUGACAAGAAACGGGAAUCCUUACAAGCGGCUGGUCUGUGUUUUGAUGGUAUAUGUCGUACUGUAGCUCUUAGUUUAUGUCCUCUCAUUGGUCAGUAUGAUGGCAUUGAACCUGUUUGUUAUUCUCGUAAUGUGGAUCUCGGUGGUAAUCUUAUCUUUCAACCUGCAACAUUGAUUAUUGACAUUGUAGCUAUUGUGAUGACAGCUAUUAUGAUUUAUCACAUUCGAUCGAAAUAUACUGCUGUUGGACGUAAAGAAAUUGUUAUGUUCUUUUAUCUUUAUAUGCUAUGUACUUUUAUGGAAAUGCUACUUGUUACUGGUAUUAUUCCCAUUUCAUCACCAGUCUAUCCCUGGUUCACUGCGAUUCAUUUGGGUCUUAUUAGUGCUACAUUUUGGUGUUUACUUUUAAAUGGUUUUGUCGGUUUCCAAUUUGCAGAAGAUGGUACUCCGUUAUCACUUUGGUCUAUUCGUAUUAGUUCAUUUGUCCUCUUUAUUGUUGUGGGUGCUAUUGCUAUUUGUACAUUUCAAAAUAUUUCACCUUUCUCUUAUUCAGCACCUGGUGCUUUAUGGGUCUUCUUCUUUAUUAUCAAUGGUAUCUGUUUCCUCAUCUAUGUGAUUUCUCAAAUCAUUCUUGUGGUGAAUACUUUGGAUGACCGUUGGCCUUUGGGUGAUAUCUUAUUUGGUACUGCCUUCUUUGUGAUUGGAUUCUUACUCAUGUUUGUGUUCUCAGUGGUCAUCUGUGAUCAAGUGAAGCAUUAUGUUGAUGGAUUAUUCUUUGGUGCCAUUUGUACUCUAUUGGCUGUGAUGAUGGUUUACAAAUAUUGGGAUUCUAUUACCAAGGAAGAUUUGGAAUUCUCUGUGGGUUCUAAACAAAAUGUAUGGGAAGUCAAGGAAUUGAUGAAUGAUGAUGAAUUAUCCCAUCAAUCCUCUUAUCAUAGUCAAACACCUUUGAAUCAACCUCCUACUCAUAACAACAACAAUAAUAAUAAUAAUGUUACUCCUCCUCCAUCCAAUUUGAUGACACCUCAACCUUAUGGACAACAAUACCAACAAGCGGAUCAUCCUCCCUUUUAACCCUUAGUCAUACAUAUUAUAUAUACAUUUUUUUUAUUUACUUUUAUUAUUUUAGUCAUCAUCAUUUCAUCUCUUCCCUUAUCUUUCUUUUUACAUAUAUAGUCACAACGAUUUUGUCAUCUUCUCCUUUCAUAUACUUUUAGAUUCUCCUUUUAUCAUCAAUAAACUACACAUUUGACUUUUU